AUGGCCUUUACGCCACAGUUCAUGCGAGGCGGCACGAAGGUUCGCGCUCCAGACCAGCAGGUGACUGUGUACACUAAAAAGAAGAAGCAGACAGCCACGAAGGAGAAGAACAAGAUGGAGAUACUCCUCCAGGAGAUCGUUGAUCUUGGCUUGGACCCAACCAGGACUGUGGCAUGCGUUCUCGAACUUCCGCGCGGAAAGGGCGGCGUUCGGAUGAAUCCGCGCUUUACCAACGAUUUGCACCUCACUGUGCAGAUGAUCACUGGUGACGGCUUCCAGUUGGUCAUGGCAAAGGACAACCGGGUCCUCAUCUCCUUCGAGGAUGCGAAGAAACAGGAAGACGAGGAGGCCGACGAAGCCGAAUCCUCCCUGCGGCCGAGGCCCAAGCCUGACCCGUUCGCCAGCAUCAAGACAGAGCCCUGCUGCACGCUCAGCGAGGAGGUUGGACUGGUGUCCGGCAUCUCAACGGGCGCUCACUACAUAGACCUCUUCGGAGCAGGGCGCUGGAAGUUCCCGGUGAACUUGCUUAGCAGCCUCAAGAAGGAGCAGGAGGAGCGUGCCAAGCGCAAGGCGGCAGAGGCCGAGGCAAAGCGCAAGGCCGCGGCGGAGGCCGAGGCAAAGCGCAAGGCCGAGGAGAAGGCAGCAAAGAAGGCAAAGAAGGCAGCGUUGCAAGAAGCCGCCAAUGCAAGUCCCAAGUCCCGCAAGGACGAGGACUCCAACAAAGCGGAGGACCCAGAAACGAAGGCCGCGCAAUGGGACCCGAGGCCGAAGCCGAAGCCGCCGAAGCCCAGCCGCCAUCAGCCGCCCAGCGGUAGCGAAGCAAUGGCGGACUAUGUGGAGCAGGCACUGCAGGACAUGGUCCCAGAGCUGGACGACCUCCGGCGGCGGAAGGUUUUCUCUGAGGAUGAGCUGAGGCACAUCGUUCGCCGUCGUCGAGAGUUCGAGUACGCUCUGCAGACGCUCAGCGGAACCCUGGCAAGCCACAGGAGCCAGUUGCCUUUGCUCGACCUCUUGCUUGAUGUUGCCGGUAGGCUGCAGGCCGGCGCUGGGAAUGCAGGUGCAGUGGAUGAUGAGUGCGGACACGAGUCAGUGCAGUCCUGCACGCUGCAGAUGCUUCAGCAUGUCGCCGAACGGCGACUGCGCUCCUAUGGCCCCAUGCACCCGGAGCCCUCCGUCGUGCGGUGGAACCAGGUCCCAUCCGGUGGGCGUCUCGUCACUGGCCUUUUGAGCGUCUUCUUGGACCCUGCAGAUGCGAAGAGCCCUCAGCUGGAGCUGGAGAUCGCCAUGUACUUUUCCAAACAGCAGCCCGCACCUUUGGGAGCCCUGCUGCUUCACUGCGGGGGCCCGGGUGCCGACAGCAGCUGCCUCCGAUACGCUUGGGGUUCCCACCUCGAAGGCUACGACGUUUGGUCCAUCUCGCAGCGUGGAAUCGGGCCGAGAGCCGAUCCGGCACUGAACUGCAACAACUCCCACCUUCCGGUUUCCGGCUGCCCGGCCACAGGCUGCCAAAUCAGCGACUUCACCGACUGCCCAUGUGCUCUGCUGGAUGGGACGCCCCAGAUCGGCGAGAUUUGGGCCAACAUCGACCCGCAGAACGAGACGCAGGUUGCGCAUCUCUUACGGAAGAGAGAUGCCUGGGGCAGCAGGUGCGCAGCCUCUCCAAAGUUCCAGUUGACAGGGGCCAACGGCAAGACCUACAACUUUUUGGAAUACGUGGGAUCCCAGUUUCUUUCCUACGAUAUUGAUCGGUUUCGUCGCGCAAUUGGGGCACAGAAGAUGAGCUUCUAUGGGUACAGCUACGGAACAUAUGUGGCCGGUGUGUAUGCUUCGGCCUUCAGUGAGUUCACGGGCCGUGUGGUUCUGGAUGGCAAUAUGGAUCCUACGCCCCGGAAGACCGCACAAGCCACUGGCGAUGCGUUAGCCAACGACAAAUUCAUCGCCUUCUUGCUGAAUACCUGCAAAGCUGCACCAGACUGUCCGCUGGAACACCCUGAAGAAGAGUAUGACCAGAUAGUAGCCGCAGCUCGUCUAGGCAACUUGACAGCGCCUACAAAGUCCGGGAUGCAGUUCCCAUUGACAGUUGGCAUGCUGAUGGCUUACAUUCAGACCGAGUCGGCAUCAAACUCCGGGAGGCUGUUUCACAGAAUCCUGGAGACUUUGGCAGGGCUCUCUCCAAAAGCCAGUAGCGAGACGAUUCACACAACAGUCGCCUUCAUCCUGGAUGGGUUCUGCUUUGUGAAAGGCGUUAGCACCUGGUACAACUAUGACAUUUGUGUUGGUCCUGGACAAACAUCGGAGGACGAGGAGGGUACUGGUCAGGAUUUUGGAGAGCCGUACAUGCAGCAGUGCGCGGUUUGGGGCGUGGAUCAGGCAGGGUACUUUGACGUCCCGGACCUCCUCCGUCAGUGGAAAUCUGCUGCCUCCAAUAGAGGUGAUGCCGGUUUGGCUGCAGUGGUUGGAGACAUGGUGGGCUAUUUCCUUUGGCCAGUGAAGGCGACGCCGAACGCACCGAUGGGUAGUUCUAUCGUGUACCCGCUGGUGGUGGGAAACUUGUUUGAUCCGGCUACCAGCUACAGCUGGGCGCAAAACAUGAAGAGUGCAUUUCCCGGGGGGUCGCUGAUUACGUGGCAGGGGAUCGGCCACGCCUUUCCAUCCCACGCAAGCGAUUACAACAAGGAUGCGGUCAAGGAGUGUCAAGCUCACAUCAAGGCCUACCUCCAGAAGGGCACUAUGCCUGUAAAUGGUCUCACAUGCUUUCAGGUGCGGUACGAGAUUGCCCUAGAGGCCUUGAGGCGCCGCCGAACCAGUGCCCUCCGCUGGAGAAAAUACUCGAUCAGUACAGUCGCAGGGCUAAGGCGGAUCCACAAUAUCCUCCACCGGGGAUCGCACAGAUUCAAGGGAGACUUACAGCUCUGGUAUCAACACGUGGACUUCUGUUUGAGAAGUGGCAGUACGGCGAUGUUGACACGGGUGCUGAUGAGGGCAGUAAAGUAUCACCCGAAAGAGGUUCAUCUCUGGCUGCUUGCUGCAGAUCGAGAACUCCAGCAAGGGCAUGUUGAAGCUGCGCGGAAGCUCCUACUACGCGGCCUGCGGUGCGUUCCCACAUCG